AAGUGUCUUCACUGAUAGGAAGUGAUGUCACGUUUGAUGUGUGGUCAGAGUGUCACCUCACAGGAAACAAACAGAGUGCAUGAUGGGAGUGAAGAGGCUGCUGCUCGUCUCUCUGCUCGGCGUUCUGGCUGCGUCCACGGUGGCGGGCGGUUCGAUGCCCGGAUCUCCGUCCAACAUCAGCAGGGACGACCCCGGCCUCCAGCGGGUCGUUCUCGGCGCCGCCUACUCCUUCAACAACCAAUCAAACGACGCCUUCCUCUUCAAACCCUCCAACGUCAUCAGAGCGCAGCGGCAGGUUGUUAAGGGGGUUCGGUACAUCGUGGAUUUGGAGAUUUCCAGAACCGUCUGCCGUAAACGAGACAACAACAACGACCUGUCCCACUGUGACCUUCAGCCUAAAGGUCGUCUUCAGCAGACGUUUCAGUGUCACUUUGAGGUCUGGCUGAUUCCCUGGCAGAACCAGACCAAGACCCAGGUCUUCUUCUGUAAACCCUGAAACCAACCUUCAUCUUCAUCAUCCUCAUCAUCCUCAUCAUCUUCACCCUGAUGGAGUCCAGACCUGCUGCUCGACACCUCAUCAUCUGUCCAACCUGUGAAUAAAACCAGCCGGUCGGUGCAGAUAGCUCUCUGUCCUUAUUGAGUCUGCCCCCUGCUGGUCAGGAGGAUGUACAACAGCAGUUUAAUAAACCUUUUAUAUUCUUCUA